AUGUUUCGAGUAUUCGCUGUCGUCGCCCUGCACCUGGCAGUGACGUGUAUGGCCCAGAAUUCCUCGCUGCCCGAAGACUGCCCCGCUGAGAUCCAACACAUUGACGAGGGCAACUUGAUCUACAACUCAACACGCACAGCACGCACUAGAUUCAGAGGACAAUCUUUGCCAUGGUACAUAACUGCCGCUAUAACCGACAGACGCGCACCAAACCUCACCUUUAGAGGCGUCGAUACGAGUCAAGAGCUCAGCGUCUUUAUAAGCGUUCCCAAAACACUUCCAGAGACGGGGUCUCCAGCUGGGAGCGAUGUACGCCUCUGCUCGUCCAUGUUGAAAGCUUUGAACAGGACCUCCGAGAACCCCCCGGAUAUGGAUGCUCCUGACGACACACCGUACGCAAAUCACUCGUGCAAAGGCGUCAUUAGUGAGAAAUGCAUCAGGGAGUUCGAAAAUUCGACGCAUCUUGUUGACGGGCCUAUUAAGGAAUGUCAGACGAACCCACAGAAUUUCUCCAGAGCCGCAGCGCGUUGCUCGGUGGACAAGAUGCCAUACAUUGAUCUGCCAAAAGAUUAUAUGACUUUUGGUACUGGGCUGUGGACUGGGCUUAUCGGCGAUGAGGACCGGAAAGAGUUUGACAUGUAUGAUUUGAGGGUCCAGCAGACCAUCCCGUUGCUAUUUUCAGCUGCUGGUAUGAGUAGGCUGAUAUGCAUUGCCCCGGAUCAGGUUGUUCCAGGAAGUCGAAAGCCCCAGUUGAAGCUGGAAGAGGAUGAGCCCGAGGAAGAUGAGAACAAAGCGUCGCGAGCUGGGGGUUUGGGGGCUGCUAUCUUGCUUGGUGUCGGCGCCAUGAUCUUUAGUCUUCUGUAG